UGUAGAAAACAAACGUUAGCUGUUAACGAAGAUGAGAGCAGAGCUGGAGGAGCAGCACUGAGGCUUCCUGCUCUAUAACCGCCUCUAUAACCGCCUCUAUAACCGGGACUAACCGGGACUAACCGGGCCUGGGACCGGCUCUAACCGGAGGACCGGCGGGGAGCGUUUCUCUUCCCGGCUAGCAGCUUUAACGGACUGAAGAUGAGCGGCGAACCAAACGCCAACAAGGAGUUCAUGGAGCAGCUGCGGAUGCAGGAGCUGUACGGCCAGAGGAAGGAGGACGGCUCGGACCCCUUCACCUACACCGACCCCGAGGACGGGACCGUGUACGACUGGGACCACGACAGGAAGGCCUGGUUCCCCAAGAUAACAGAAGACUUCAUAGCAGCGUACCAGGCCAACUACGGCUUCACACAGGACGGAGAUCCCCACGCAGACCCCGCUGCACUCAGCAGCUCCGACCCGCCCGCCGCCAAACCAGACGGCAACCUCAAAAAACCAGACGGCAACCUCAAACCAGACGGCAACCACAAACCAGACGGCAACCACAAACCAGACGGCAAGCAGAAAGCAGGAGAGCCGGCCCCGGAGCCACAGGAGAGUCCGGCUAAAGACGGCAAACAGAAAGGGGAGAAGAGGAAAGCAGAGGCAGGAUGGUUCGAUAUCGAUGACACUAAAAACACAAACGUCUACGUGUCAGGCCUGCCUCCUGACAUCAGCUCUGAGGAGUUUGCUGAGCUGAUGUCUAAAUGUGGGAUCGUGAUGCGGGACCCCAUCACCGAGGAGUUCAAGGUGAAACUGUACAAGGACGGAGAGGGGAACCUGAAGGGGGACGGCCUCUGCUGCUACCUGAAGAAGGAGUCGGUGGCGUUGGCGAUGCGUCUCAUCGAUGACUCGGAGGUUCGUGGCUACAGGCUGCGGGUGGAGGCGGCGCGCUUUGAGCUGAAGGGUCAGUACGACUCCAGCAAGAAGAAGAAGAAGAACAAAGACUACAGGAAGAAGAUGCAGCAGCAGCAGAAACAGCUGGACUGGAGGCCAGAGAAGCAGGGGGAAGUGAGGAAGAGACACGAAAAAGUCGUCAUCAUCAGAAACAUGUUCCACCCCAGUGACUUUGAGGAGGACCCCCUGGAGCUGAACGAGUACCGGGAGGACCUGAGGACGGAGUGUGAGAAGUUCGGGGAGGUGAAGAAGGUCAUCCUGUUUGAUAGACAUCCUGACGGCGUGGCCUCGGUGGCGUUUAAGGAGGCGGAGCAAGCCGACGCCUGCAUCCAGUCGUUUAACGGGCGCUGGUUCGGAGGACGCCAGCUGACGGCGCUGCUCUGGGACGGAGCCACCGACUACCAGGUGGAGGAGACCACCAGGGAGCGUGAGGAGCGUCUGAAGGGCUGGUCCUCCUUCCUGGAGGGAGGGAAACCGGCUCCACAGGACGCCGCCAACGCCACCGGGCCAGCAGAGGGCGCCACCGCCACCACGGAACCCACACAACCCACACAACCCGAACCAGAACCAGAACCAGAACCAGAGGAAGCAGACUCUACAGACAGCAGCCUGGCAGGAAGUGACGACGAAGCAGCCUGAACACACACACACACACACACACACACACACACACACACAGGACUGUGGACUGAGAAACUCUGUUUUCUAACGUAGAAACAUUAAAACAUUCAUUUUGUGUCUCUCGUCUCUGUGUCUUCAGUUUGUUUACCGUUUUCUGUUGAUGAGUUUCCAAAGUAAAAUAAGAACCAACUACUUUUCAAAGUAAAAUAAGCAUCAAUUAACUAGUUUUCAAAAUAAAAUAAGAACCAACAAACUAGUUUCCAAAGUAAAAUAAGAACCAACAAACUAGUUUCCAAAGUAAAAUAAAAACCAACAAACUA